CAAGUCUUAUAGAGUUGGCCAAGUUUUUCCGGCCAGGCGUUUUCUGCCUUUAGAAUGGCUUUAGUGUACCGAACCAUGAUGCAGUUAGCUGGGAUUUUAUUUUGUUUGUUGGGAUGGGUGUUAUCCUGCCUCACUACCUAUUUACCUCAGUGGAAAAAUCUCAACUUGGAAUUGAAUGAAUUGGAGAUCUGGACAAUGGGACUCUGGCAAGCCUGUGUAGUUCAAGAAGAAGGGGGAAUGCAAUGCAAGGAAUUCGAUUCUUUUUUGGCUUUACCCCCAGAGCUCAAAAUUUCAAGGAUUCUGAUGUUUGUAUCUAAUGGAUUAGGACUUUCAGGCCUCUUGCUCUCAGGUUUCGGACUCGACUGCUUGAAGAUUGGUGAACGACAACUGGACCUAAAGAGGAGGUUACUGCUGUUGGGAGGAAUAUUCUUCUGGAUAUCAGGAGUUACAGCCAUAGUCCCAGUCUCCUGGGUUGCUCACACCACUGUGCAGGAAUUUUGGGAUGAGAAUAUUCCAGACAUCGUUCCCAGGUGGGACUUUGGGGAAGCACUGUUUGUAGGCUGGUUUGCUGGAUUCUGUCUCAUCUUAGGAGGCUCAAUGUUAAAUUGCACUGUCUGUUCUGCUGAUGCUCAGUCAUCCUCGGUCCAUUAUACAGUGGCAGAAGAGCAAGAUAACUGUCAGUACCUGGAAAGUAACAACAGACCCCAAAGCCUACGAGUUUGAGAGAGACAGAAAGGAUUCUUCUUUCAUUUUCAGACACUUAAAACACACGAGCCAGAACCUUGUUCCAAUUAAGAUUCAAAGGACUCUUUGUUCCUUAGCAGAUUCAUUACACUUGGGCGUCUAAAUUUUUAUCCCUGCGCUUUUUCUUUCAAGAGCUGUGUUUUAUCCUCCUUAUUACAAAACUGAGAAUGUUGACUUCACCAACAGGAUGAGAUUAAAAUGACUGUGUAGAAAAUCACCACUACGUAGAUUUUAUCUGAUUCGUUUAAAAUGUAAAAU